AUGUCGGACACAUUUAGAGCAGGAAACACAUCUCAACAAGUGCCCUCCCCAACACAUCCGCUCCAGACACAAGGACAGGUGCAAGGACAGAGACAAGUGCAAGGACAAUCUUUUCAACAUAAAAAGCAAGUUGCCGAUCCAUCAAGCCAGCCGCUGCAGGUGACAAACUCUUUAUCUUCACAACACACUUUUGAGAACUUCCAUCUUGACCCACAAGACUUUCAGAACUUCUUACUAAUAAACCCUCCGUUAACCGAAUAUUCGUCACACUGCUAUAUGAAUUUCAAUAAGGCACAGCCAGACCCGCUGGAUACAGACCAGCUACUAGACCAGCUGCUGAUUGAUAAGCCAGACUUGAACCCCAUUACCCCUCCCAUUUCAAAUAAUGACUUGACUAUAAACAACAACACUCAAACCCAGCAACAGCAUGUUGUGUCACAGAAUUUACAACAACCAAUGCAAAGCAUGCAACAACAAUAUUCGAAUCUUGCCUCACAAUUUGAUCUUGUUGACCAGAAUAUGCCUUUACCAACACGGCGGCUUUCCAUAUCCAAUGGUCAAAUUGGCCAAAUCUCAAUGAUGGUCCACUCACAAUUACAACCAGAACAAAUCUCCUUACAACAAACCCCCACGCAACCACAAGAACAACAGCAACACCAAACUUAUAACUCUGUUGUCAAACAAGAAAUGGUCACACCGUCAACUUCUAUAACGACAACCCCCGUUGCCAUGAAUAACGUUCCAGCGGGUGCUCCAAUUGAAGUUGAUAAGAAUGGAAUACCAACGAGGGAAUUGAUAUACGAAAACCAAGUUAUUUUCAAUCCUAAUGGCCCGAUACCGGGCACAAAUGCAUGGAAGAGGGCCAAAAUUUUAGAGAGAAAUCGGAUAGCUGCAUCUAAGUGUCGUGCAAAGAAGAAGAAUUUACAAAAGAAGCUCGAGGAAGACGUGAGUAGAUUAAACGAGGAGAAGGCGUCGUUGUUAAAGAUGCUCGAAAUACUGAAGGGCCGGGUCUUACGAUAUUGUAAUAAGAAUGGCGUUGAUCCAGAAUACGUUAUGGGGAGCGAUGAGUUAAUAAAGGAGCACGAAGUCAAGGUGAAAAUUGAGGAGGCGAAAAGAAGGGAGAGUCAAGCGGGCGGCAAGGAUGUGGCUAACAUGGAUCCAAUUGCCAAGAAAUUAGAUGAGUUUGUUAAGAAGUAA